AUGGCUGAACGCCUCACAGACAAGCAGGUCACCGACUUGCUCGACCUCCUGCGCAGCAAUGCCGCCCUCGAUCACAAGGUCAAUGCUGUGACCAACGCCAAAUCCGCGAUCAAGCAGCACAACGUCCCCGAGACCUGCAUCGCGCAGCUUUUCGAGGCUCUGCGCACUGCCUCUACCGCUCAGCAUGCCGUUCUUGUCAACGCCGGCUUCACUGCUCUGGGCCACCUUUUGACUCGUCUCUCGCGCCAGGAGCCCAAACACAUUGGAAAGGAAGCUGUGCGCACCCUGCCUGUAGUUAUCGACAAGCUUGGCGACCAGAAAGACAAAUACCGCACCCUGGCCUCGCAAGCUCUUGUCACCAUCUACGCGGUCAACCCUGGUGAAGUUGAGCGCAUGGUUCGCACCACGGCCAUGUCGGGCAAGAACCCCCGCGCUAAAGAAGCCGCCCUGCAUUGGCUUCUCCAGAUGCACCAAGACCACGAUGCAGCCAAACACACUGUGAUAGAGCUGUUCCGCAAUGCGCCCAAUACUGCCAAGUCCGAUCUCAAGCGACAGCUCAAAACCUUCAAAGUCAGGCCUGCCAUCGAGCAAGCUAUCAUUAAAGAGCUAGCCCCGAGCGGCGGACGCUCCGAAACACCUUCUGCACCUGCCCCGGCCCCCGCCAGCCGACCGCAUCUUGCCGUCAGCGUAUCGUCCAUGUCGAGCGAGCGUCCUAUCACGCCAGCUGUACCAGAGUCUCAAACGGACCCGGUCGAGCCACAAUACGUCAACACCAACCGCGAACUCGACGAAGUGUUCAAGGGCAUGGCCUGGCAGUACGAAGGCCGCGAAACAGAGCAGAAUUGGCAAAAGCGAGAGCAAGGCAUGACGACCCUCCGUAGACUGAAUGCCGGCAACGCUCCUUCCGACUUUCACGACACGUUCCUCAAUAGUCUCCGCGGCAUACUCGAUGGUAUCAUCAAGUCUCUGACUUCGCUGCGAACCAGUCUGUCCAAGGAAGCCUGCGCUCUGAUUGAGGAUAUUGCUCUCACUCUUGGCCCUGCCAUGGAACCUAUGGUCGAGCUGCUCAUGCAGACUCUGCUCAAGAUGACUGCUUCUACGAAAAAGAUUACCUCGCAAAUGACAAGUUCGACAGUCGACACCAUCAUCAGUCGCAUUUCUUACACACCUCGCAUUAUGCAGCAUAUAUGGAACGCUUGCCAAGACAAAAAUGUUCAGCCUCGCCUUUAUACUGCUGGCUGGCUCAGAACACUCAUCAAGAAGACGUCGGGCAACAGGCAUCAUAUUGAACACACUGGCGGAGUUGAUCUCAUCGAAAAGUGUUUGAAAAAAGGCCUUGCUGAUGCCAACCCCGGAGUUCGAGAGAAGAUGAGACCUACAUACUGGGCUUUCUGGGCUGUUUGGCCCGCCAGAGCAGACGCCGUUAUGGAAGACUUAGAUGCCACCGCCCAGAAGCUGCUCAACAAGGAUCCAAGCAACCCCAAUUCUCCUAAGAAGACUGAGGCCCCUAGACCUGGCAGCAGUCUUUCUAGAACUGGAAAGACGGCAAGCAGACCUAAUAUACGCGAAGCUAUGCUGGCCCAGAAGCGGGCCAUGGCUGCUCAGAAGCUGCCGCCUCGCCCCGGCUCGGCAAUGGCCCAGCUAUCGCCAGUGCGCACAACAUCGAACGCAUCGGCAAACCACCCACAGCCCAUACACGCUGCUGCGCCUCCAAAGUCCGCAGCCCGUCCAAGACCAGAAUCGACCAUUUCUGUGAAUGCUGGCGGCAUGUCAGUCGCACCUAUGAGGCCGUCCAGGAGACGCCCGGAAGUCGCCAGACCUGCCACUGCUGGCCCCUACUCUAUUCGCGACCAGCCUGGCUUGGAGAUCAGUAGUCCCGACUCUCUUAAAUCCAGACACCAGACACCAAGAAUCGCCAAGGACUCCACGCCUAAGAAGCCCAUUCCUCGAACUCGACCUGGCCAUGUUUCCCACGAUAGUGAAUCUAGCAUUCCGUCACCUACCUCCAGAGCUGGAGCCAAACCGAGAGUCGUGUCUCCUCGCAUCAGUCCCGGAAAGCCCAGAAUGCCAGAUGAGGACAUGCUGGGAUCGAGCCCCGCGCGUCACAGCCCUGGUAAACCGAGUCCAGUGCGUUAUUCGCCCACAAAGGCACACGAGGAUAUCAGCCUUGUUGUACCUAGCAUGCCGAGUCUCGAUUCUGCUUCGACCAUUGUCGUCGAUAAUGACGACCUUGUCAAUGCGGACGUCCCUGCCUCACCAACAUCAGCGGUUGCCCAUAUUGCUCGCCAUGCUGAACCUCAGCAGCAUGCUGAGUCGUUGAAAGUGUAUGAAGACCCUGAUGCUGAAACACAAAGCACACCAAAGCCUGAAGUGUCAGCUCCUGUACUCGAGGACAAGCCUGUCAACGAGGAUGCAGCCAAGCUUCAAAAAGCUGCCGAACUGAGCUCGACUCCGAUGGAACCAGAGUCGCCCGAAAAGAUGCGCCAAAACUCUCGUCUUCUGGAUAGCGGCAUCGCCAAAAUCAAGGCCAUGUCCCUUGAAGUGCACGGAUUUCGCAAGCUGCAGUCGCUCAUUCGGGACAGCAGGACCAUGUUUACUGAUGACAAGUUUGAGGCUCUAUUGCUCGGCUUGUUCAAGUAUCUCGAGAACCCUCUGACGAGUCUGCCUUCAGAUAAGGGCCAAGAUAUCAAGGCGCAGAUUCUUGCUACCAUCAAGUUGUUGCUUAAGAAGGAGAGGGAAAACUUUCAGCCUCACGUCUCCAAAGGUCUCGAGGCUCUGCUGCAGACGCGCAGCGCAUACGAUUCGCGAGCCCACGUUGUCAGUGGCUUGGAGCUUCUUGCAGACGAGCUCGUCGGUAUUGGUGAUGGCUCCGAGAUUGUGGUGGUCUUGACGCGUCAGCUGCAGGAUAUAACCGAUGCUACGACCGAGGGCUGCCGCAGCCUCAGCAUGGGUCUGCACGUCCUCAAGGAGAUGCUCGACAAGCGCGGCGAGUUCCAGCCCACGUCGAGUGAGUUGGGACAGCUCACAGGCCUGGCUGGCCACUGUCUAGAGUCGACCGACUCGGGCGUACGCAUGGACGCGGUCAAGUUCUGCGUGGCGCUGCACGCGCGCGUCGGCGAGGCCAAGUUUUGGGACGCUCUCAGUGGAAUUCAGGAUGAUCCGAAGAGCCUUAUUACCUACUACAUUGUGAAGCGCCAGCGCGAACAGCAGGCAUAA